AUGAGAACCUUAAGAAGCUUCGAUGGCUUCCCUUUAAAUUUGAGCAACUUCUAUGGUGGCUGCGCUAUUCUUCUUCUUCUUGUUGUUGUUGUUACUUUAUUGUUUCUUCUGAACCGUAAGAGCAGAUCCCUGUUGGCGUCCUCUUUGAUCUCCGAUUCUAGCAAUUUAAACCCAAGGGUUUACAAUUGCAGAACCUCAAACACUGAUGUCAUAGAUAAAACAAAUCAUCAUCUAUGCUACAAAGCUAAAUCCACCAAACCUAAGAAUGGUCCCCUGAAAUAUUGGAGUAUGACUGUGUUCAAUGAUAUUUCCGCCGAGAUGCUAAGAAACUUCUACAUGGACAAUCACUACAAAAAGCAAUGGGAUAACACUGUGGUCGAACACAAUCAGCUGCAGCUGGAUGAAUCUGAUGGUUCUGAAGUUGGUCGUACAGGUCAGACUCCAUUGUUUCCUCGUAUUUUUGGUCAUGAAGCUGGAGGGAUCGUGGAGAGCGUAGGUGAAGGUGUGACUCAUCUGAAACCAGGGGAUAAAGCCCUGCCUGUAUUCAGAGGGGAGUGUGGUGAAUGUCCACAUUGUAAGUCAGAGGAGAGCAACAUGUGUGAUCUUCUUAGGAUCAACACUGACAGAGGUGUCAUGCUCAAUGAUAACAAGUCUAGAUUCUCUAUCAAUGGAGAGCCCAUAAACCAUUUCGUGGGCACCUCUACAUUCAGUGAGUACACAGUGGUUCAUGCUGGAUGUGUUGCAAAGAUCAAUCCUGAAGCACCACUUGACAAAGUUUGUAUUCUCAGUUGUGGAAUAUGCACAGGUCUUGGUGCUACUGUGAAUGUUGCAAAACCAAAGCCAGGUUCUUCAGUUGCUAUCUUUGGGCUUGGAGUUGUUGGCCUUGCUGCUGCUGAAGGUGCAAGGAUCUCUGGUGCAUCAAGAAUCAUUGGAGUUGAUUUAGUUUCCAGCCGAUUUGAAUUAGCUAAGAAGUUUGGAGUGAAUGAGUUCGUGAACCCGGAAGUAGAUUAA